AUGGCCGGAAAGGGUGAGGGCCCUGCGAUUGGCAUCGAUCUCGGCACGACCUACUCGUGCGUCGGGGUGUGGCAGCACGAUAGAGUUGAGAUUAUUGCAAAUGACCAGGGGAACCGGACGACCCCCUCCUAUGUGGGCUUCACCGACACAGAGCGCCUCAUAGGCGAUGCCGCGAAGAAUCAGGUGGCUAUGAACCCGAUCAACACCGUUUUCGGUAAGUUCUUUUUCUCAUCUCGAUCCUCUGUCUAGUGAUGAACUCUUGUGCUCGCUUUCAGUAUAUCUUAAUUCAAAACCUUGUAUCGGUUAGAUGUUAAACUUUUUUCAUUGUUACGAGCAUGUGCCCAUCGACUCUGAAAGCAGUUUUCAUAAUUCCCCUCCUCGAAUUUCUUGUGGGUUCCUCUGUGGCGGUGUCUUGUAUGCCAUCUCCCCUAUGUUGUUUUAUUACCGGCUAGUGAGAAGCUUUCGCGAGAAUUAACCGGAUGCGUAUAUAUUCUUCUGAUGUAACACGAGUGUUUAUAUUCUUAUGAUUACACACGGUCCACCCGUGGUAAGGUUGGCUCCUCGCAAUCAAUUACAGUAGCGAGGAUAGGUUGGUGCCGUCUUGCUGUAUUACCCGGAAUCUACACAGUGGAUUUACCAAGGUUGCCUUCAGAUUAUUCUAAUAACCUCAGUUGAAAACUGUGGAAAAUAUACAUUCACACAGCUGAACAUCUACUAUCUGUAUUGUUUUUAAACUAAUACUUUGUGAAGUAUUUCUAGUCAGUAGCAAUAAGUUCGCUUGGUUGCCGCUUGGUUACCGUAGAUCCUUUUUAGUUCUCCUGUUUUUUUUAGGAACGCCGUAUUUUGUUCUGCCUCCCCGUCGAUCUGGAGGACCCGGAAGGGGUUUUAUCUCGUUCCAUGUAUUCGACGCAGUGAGAUGUGGAACUCCAAUUGGCGUCAUCGUUCUCUGUUGAAAUUAACCAUAUAAUAAUUGUAGACCGUUCAUAUACUUCAGUUGUUCUUCACUACUUCUCUUAUGUAAUAUUCAUCUGCUCAUUCGGUUCUAUUUUUUCCCAGAUGCAAAGCGUUUGAUCGGUAGGAGAUUCUCUGAUUCCUCUGUCCAAGGAGAUAUCAAACUAUGGCCCUUCAAGGUCAUCGCUGGGCCUGGGGACAAGCCCAUGAUUUCUGUUCACUAUAAGGGUGAGGAAAAGCAAUUUGCUGCUGAGGAGAUCUCUUCCAUGGUUCUGAUUAAAAUGCGUGAGGUCGCUGAGGCCUACUUGGGCACUGCCGUCAAGAACGCGGUUGUUACUGUACCUGCUUACUUCAAUGACUCCCAGCGCCAGGCUACAAAGGAUGCUGGCGUGAUUGCUGGUCUUAACGUUAUGAGAAUCAUCAAUGAGCCCACGGCUGCCGCAAUUGCUUAUGGGUUGGACAAGAAGGCCGGGAAUACAGGGGAGAAGAACGUCCUCAUCUUUGACCUGGGUGGUGGCACAUUUGACGUCUCCCUCCUCACCAUCGAAGAGGGCAUCUUCGAGGUCAAGGCGACGGCCGGGGACACCCACUUGGGCGGGGAAGACUUUGACAACAGGAUGGUCAACCACUUCGUCCAGGAAUUCAAGAGGAAGCACAAGAAGGACAUCAGCGGGAACCCCAGGGCCCUCAGGAGACUGCGGACAGCAUGCGAGAGGGCGAAGCGAACCCUCUCUUCCACCGCCCAGACCACCAUCGAGAUCGAUUCCCUGUUCGAGGGUAUCGAUUUCUACACCUCAAUCACCCGCGCUAGAUUCGAAGAGCUGAACAUGGAUCUGUUCAGGAAGUGCAUGGAGCCUGUGGAGAAGUGCCUGAGGGACGCCAAGAUGGACAAGAGCACCGUCCACGACGUGGUCCUCGUGGGCGGUUCCACUAGGAUCCCUAAGGUCCAGCAGCUUCUCCAAGACUUCUUCAACGGGAAGGAACUCUGCAAGAGCAUCAAUCCCGACGAGGCCGUCGCGUACGGAGCAGCCGUCCAGGCCGCCAUCUUGAGCGGCGAAGGGAACGAGAAGGUGCAGGAUCUGCUGCUGCUCGACGUGAGCCCUCUGUCCCUCGGCCUGGAGACGGCCGGAGGAGUGAUGACCGUUCUGAUCCCGAGGAACACCACCAUCCCCACCAAGAAGGAGCAGGUCUUCUCCACAUACUCCGACAACCAGCCGGGCGUCCUGAUCCAGGUCUACGAGGGGGAGAGGACGAGGACGAGGGACAACAACCUCCUGGGCAAGUUCGAGCUCUCCGGCAUUCCCCCGGCGCCGAGGGGCGUCCCCCAGAUCACCGUCUGCUUCGACAUGGACGCCAACGGCAUCCUGAACGUCUCCGCCGAGGACAAGACAACCGGGCAGAAGAACAAGAUCACCAUCACGAACGACAAGGGGCGGCUGAGCAAGGAGGAGAUCGAGAAGAUGGUCCAGGAGGCGGAGAAGUACAAGUCCGAGGACGAGGAGCACAAGAAAAAGAUAGAGGCCAAGAACUCCCUCGAGAACUACGCCUACAACAUGAGGAACACCAUCCAGGACGAGAAGAUCGCCUCUAAGCUCGCCCCCGCCGACAAGAAGAAAAUCGAGGACGCCAUCAACGGGGCCAUCACCUGGCUAGACAGCAACCAGUUGGCCGAGGCCGACGAAUUCGAGGACAAGAUGAAGGAGCUCGAGGGCAUCUGCAACCCGAUCAUCGCCCAGAUGUACCAGGGCUCCGGCGCAGGCAUGCCCGGCGCCAUGGACGAGGACGACCCCGCUCCUCGAGGCACCUCCGCCGGCGCCGGCCCUAAGAUCGAGGAGGUCGACUAG